AUGGCAGCGCGGCACGUCUUCAGCGUCUUUGACGUGACCCGGCAGGUCUUCUUCGAGUCGGCGUCGUCGCUCGGCAUUGUCAACCUAAAGCCUCUGCGACCCGGCCAUGUCCUGAUUAUCUCCAAGCGCAACGUUCCGCGGCUGGCAGACCUGGAGCCGCGUGAGGUGUCCGACCUCUUCCAGUGCGUCCAGCGUGUGGGGCGCGUGAUCGAAAAGGCGUACUCGGCCGAAGCAUUGAACAUUGCUCUGCAGGACGGCGUAGCCGCAGGUCAAUCGGUGCCCCAUGUCCAUGUCCACAUCAUCCCGCGCCUCGCCAGCGACUUUGGCGGCGAGACGGACAAUGUCUACCCGGCACUGGAGAAGCACGAAGCCGAAUUGGCCACAGACUUGCGCGCGGCCUCGCCAGAGGCCGAGACAACAGCCGUGCCGCGCGUUUGGGACGUGCCAAAGGACGAAGAACGCAAGCCUCGCUCCCCAGAGGAGAUGGAGAAGGAGGCGGCCUGGCUCGCGUCGCUGCUCAAGGGGGGCGACGCCUAUCCGACGCCGACGCCAUGA